GCCAACUCGGCCCUUUGGAUAAAUGAGGUAGAUUGGCGCCAAGAUCGGCAUCGCCACGGCAAAGCCCAGGCAGAUAAUCACUUUGGUGAGUGGGUGAUGCCGCCUCCAGCCGGGAAGCCGAUUGUACCACAGGGAAGUGAUGAAGGACUGGUAGUUGAAUUUUCCAACAAUGAUAUGAGUGGAGCUGAAGCUUCCAUUAAAUUUUACAAAGCCUUGCUUUCCAAAAUGUUGUCCGUCCUGGAUGAGGACCACUUUUUGGAAAGCAAGGCUCUGUUAAAUUCAACGAAAGCGUCAACUCGACUCAUAUCAUUGUCGAAUCCAUCAGAAGAUGACGGCAGAUUCCUCUUGGCCAGCCGUCGAUUGAAUAUCCUUGUUGACGAUUCCCCCGAGGCAAUCUCCUCCGAUUCCUGA